CGGUUGGCCAGUUGGUUGGUUGGAGCGGCGCAGUCGGCGGCAGCGGCGUUGCGUUCGACUCCGGUACACGCAAGGCACUGAAGUGCCGACGGCCAACUGCCAACCGAACCGAGCGUCCAAACGACCGACGUCGCGUCGCUGCGUCGGCCCGACCGCCCGGCGGAACGAUUGGCAACGGGCCAGGCCAAACAAAUAAACAAACGCACCACAAACAUCGCCCAGGGGCGUCGUCAAGUCCACAUGCACCAUGGAAGUCCCGCUGAGCUGCCAACUUGUCAACCGACCAGGCGAUUGUCUUUCCCCAGCUCAGGAGAUGUGCGUGAAUCGCGUGAAUCGAUGCUAAAUCAUCGUGGGGAUUCUAAAUAUUGGUUUUCUGAGAGAUGGUGCGAUGGAGCUACGACUUCUUCUACAUGCAUACACCGCGAAUUCUUGAGGUUCUGCCUAACAUUUGGAUUGAAGUACUGUAAGCUGUUAUACAUAGGGUUACUACCCGAUAUAAGAGCUCAGGAGAUAUGUAAUGAAAGGAGUGUCUACUAAGCUUGUUAGCCUUUCUGCGUUCUGCUUUGUUUGGACGACGGACACUUCACCUUGCCCUCCAGCCUUGCCAGCGGACGACGGACACGCAACGAAAGCGGGCCAAUUAGUUAGCUUGGUCACCAGGGGCGGCGGCAAGGGGGCUCUACUGGCAGCUGGCAGCCGGCCAAGGCGCACGCACCGUGGCGUCUCCGUUGCCCCUGGAGAGGGGAGCAUCAGGUGACGUGGGCGGCUGGGGGGGGUGGGCUCUCAAGAAUAAGAUAUAGCACUCUCGAUAUAGUGCGUCAGAGGCGACGAUGGCGCGGAAGUGGCCCAGCCCCGCCCCCUGCCCCUGCGGCCUUGACAGCGCCCGUUUUGAUUUAUGCGGCAUUUUGCGAAAGUCAACAAAUGAAAACGACACAGAAAUAAUGCCAAGAGUGCUCUCCACCUCCACUAUUUCCAUUUCGUUGGCCCCAAGGUCGAGCGCACAAAUAGAUGUCCCACUGCCACCCGCUGGACCACCGAUAUGAUCUGUUUUCUCGAGCAGGGAUUUAAACCAACCACAACAACUGGCCACAACAUAAGGCAUUGAAAAUGAUUAUUUCUUGUGUGUCUCAAGUAGACUUAGGACCAAAGCUACAGGUUGAUUAUUGCGAAAGAAAUAUUAAUCAAUUGGAAAGAGGUAUGUCACUUCCAAAUCGGGAUCUAAUAACUCAUGUUAUGGAAUCCAAAAGUGCAAUUUUGGGUUCCAUUCUGAAGGUCUUUGGAAUUACGAAAAAAUCAAACAUGAAAAUGGGUUAAAAUUAAGACCUUCUCUAAAGGGGUAAAUUUUAAUGUAGAAUAUUAGAGAAUUCAACCAGAAACUUAUGAAGGUAUCCCACUUAAAAAUCGGGAUCCAAUUACCCAAGUUAUGGAAUUUGGAAGUUCAUUUUUGGGUUCCUAUUCCGGAAACCAUAGGAAAUACAGAAAAAUCGAACAUGAAAAUGAGUUAAAAUAUUAACCUUCUCUAAAAAGGUAAAUUUGAAUGCAGAAUAUUAGAGAAUUCAACCACAAACUCAUAGAGGUAUCCCACUUUACAAUCGGGAACCAAUUACCCAAGUUAUGGAAUUUGGAAGUUCAGUUUUAGGUUCCCGUUCCAAAAACCAUUGGGAAUACGGAAAAAUCGAACAUGAAAAUGGGUUAAAAUUUGACCCUCUAUAAAAAGGUACAUUUAUAUGCAAAAUAUCAGAGAAUUCAACCAAAACUCAUAGAGAUAUCCCAUGUCCAAAUCAGGAUACAAUAACUUAAGAUAUGGAGUUUUGAAGUACAGUUUUGGGUUCCCAUUCUGAAAGCCUUUGGAAAUACGAAAAAAUCGAACAUGAAAAUGGGUUAAAAUUUAGACCCUCGUUUCAAAGACCAAUUGAAAUUUGUAAUUAUAGAGAACUAAACCACAUAUUCAUAGAGGUAUCCCACUUUAAAAUCGGGUUCCAAUAACUCAAGUUAUGGAAUUUAGAAGUUCAGCUUUGGAUAAACGGAUAAAUCGAACCCGAAAACGACUUACAAAUUCGACCCGCCAAUUGGAUGAUCAGUAUGGACCACCAGCUUAAGAUAGGGGUCUAAUAUCACAGUGGAUACGGCUGAAUAUCGACCCAAUCGCACUACCCCUGGCAACCAAAUUCCGACGGGUUACUUGAAACACUGGAAGCAACUGAAACCAAAUCGGCAUAUAUCUCGGCAUGGGCGCGGUAGGCAGUCGCCAGCUAAAUCCCGCCCAACUGGGUGACCACCAGCAGGCCACGGGCCUGUCCGCCGAGCAGCUGGAGCAGCUGCACACGCGGUUCCGCAGCCUGGAUCGCCACCAACGCGGCUACUUGACGCCCACCGAUUUGCUGCGCAUACCGCAGCUCUCGCUGAAUCCGCUCCAUCGCCAGAUCGUGGAUGGCUUCUUCCCCAGCCGCGAUCCCAGCGCCCGGCUGUAUUUCGCCCAGUUUGUGGAGACCUGUGCCACCUUUUUGGUGCCCCAGUUUGGACGCAGUUCGUCUGCGGGACGUCGCGACGGACGGGCCCAGAAGCUGCGCCUCCUCUCCAAGAUGUUCGACACGCGGCGCAGUGGCUGCAUCACACGCGACGACUUCCGCCAGAUCAUGCGCAGCCUUCUCGAUCCCAUCUGGAAUCCGCCGCAGGAUCAGGCGUCCUCGGGAGAGGGCCAGGAGCGGGCGCAUGCCGCCGACCGCAGGCCCGAGGUGGAGGCCGAACUGCAGCUGCUGGAGCAGCAGGCCUUUGGGUACUCCGGCUGCGAUCAGAUCUCCUACGGCGAGUUCGAGCAGCGCCUGCAUAGCGCCGAUGUGGCUGGUCGGCUUUCGAUCGCCAAGUGGCUGGUGGACGAUGACGAGGCCAGGAUGGGGCUGCAGGAAGGGUCUGCCGCGGACCAGGGCCAGUAGGAGAGCCCUAUAGCCGUCCCCGUCGUGUUGUGUUGUGUUUCUGUUUUAAAUAUACGCUGGGCAUUGGCAAAAAUAUACGAGAGAUGGCUAUCAAGAGAUCCUAAGUUCGACAUCUACUGGAAAUUAUCACUUUAGAAAUAUUUAAAUUUAAAUAAUAAUCAAAUGCCAAAUGUCCCAGAUCGCUAUAACGAAAUAUUAUGAAGUAUAAUGAUUUAAAUAAAACCAUCUAGUGAUCCUAAGUUUGA